GUGCACACGUAACGCACAAGAGACUGAAUGUGAUUCAUUCAAGGUCCCGAUAUUCUCACAACGAAUUUCUUUGCUUAGAAGUAAAAAGAAGUUGGAAAUACCUUUGCAGCGAUAUACUGUUAACGAACCACGGACGCUGCUGAGAGCGACGGUUAGAUGAAUAUGUAAAUAUGUGCUGCGCGCGCUUUCCUCGCGAUAACAAAACAAACGCAACAAAAAUGUCAGCGGUGAGAAACGGCAGUUCAGAAAGCAUCUGAUCGAUGUGGAUAUGUUUACACCAGCUCUGCGAUUCACCGGCAUCCUGUCGACAGAUGAGAUGUAGCUGCACCACCUGGAGAUGUUUCUAUAUCAGGUGCGUCUAAAUAUGGAGCACCUGUGAAUCCCGUGAAGCGGAGCCAGUGGACUGAGAGGAGACGUCCAGGAAUAGAUCGGCCUGUGGAGGAAGGCUUCCGCUGGCAAGCCUGAACCCCUUCGCUUUCACGAGCUGAUGCCAGACUCAGUGCCGCAGGCCAUUUGCAUGUCCGGAUCCGAGUGGUGAGAUCUGGGUGAGACGCCACAAUAUCUUGCAUCAUCUGUCGGCGAGGAGCGGCGCAGUCACACAAGCACAAACAUCUAAACAUUCUUAAAUCAAGACAAAAAUACUGAGGAAAGAACAUCAUUUUUUGCAGCGCACAUCACGAAUCUCCCCAAACAUCUGACAAACAGAGAGAAACAAGUUUAGAAGAGAGCUAAAGGGCUUGAGUUUAUUUGUAAAGCACAUUAAUUCAUCCGUAUGAGGUUAUAUGGAAACAGUGAGCCACACUGACCUGAAAUUACAGUGAGAAGAAAUAGUGACUCUCGCACACUUGCUGGUUAUGUGGCACUGGAGUGCGAGAGCCGCUCGGCCUCCAGAUGACAAUGAUACGUGAGCUAAUGAGAAACUCAAGCCUUCGAACUCGGGCAGGAGUGUCAUGAUCCGCUUUUAAAACAUGUCAAAACCCUGCAAGACUUUCAAGGGCCUGUGCAAGAUUCUUGACGGGUCCAUAUAAACGCCGGUGAGCUGAAGCGAGAGUCAGGCACGAGGAGAAACCAUCCAGAUCACAAGCGCAGAAGCCCGAGGACACAGACAUGAGAGGUACGACGUAUUCACAGAAGAGCCUGAGCGUCAGCGGCUCCAGCCGGAUGAGGGUCCAGAGCCCGUCGCCUUCCCGAUGCCGAGGCUCUUCGUACAGCCGCGGCCGGACGGGAUUCCAGGGUCAGGCGGUGGAAGUCGCCACUGAGAUCCAUCAGCACCACGCCAACGAGAAGGAGGAGAUGCAGGAGCUGAACGUGCGCUUCGCCGGAUACAUCGAGAAGGUCCAGGCGCUGGAGCAGAGGAACGCCGCGCUGAGAGCCGAGCUGGAAUCCCUUCAGGGACGCUUUAAGGGAGGACCGACCGGCCUCGGGGAGGAAUACGAACUGAAGUUUAAAGAGGUGAGGGACCUAAUCGAAGCUCUGACCGCCGAGAAGGGCGCGGCUGAUAUAGAGAGGGGCUACAUCGAAGAAGAGGUGGAGGUCUGGAGGCUGAAGCUGGAGGAAGAGCUGGCCAUCAAAGAGGAGGCUGAAAUGAUUCUCCGCGAGUUCCGUCAAGACGUCGACAACGCCACGCUACAGAAGGCCGACCUGGAGAAGCGCAUCGAGCAGCUGGUGGCCGAGAUCGAGUUCCUGAAGAAGCUCCAUGACGAAGAAGUCGCCGACCUCCUCAAGCAGAUCGAGGAGUCCAAGGUGACGGUGGAGCUGGACUCCGACAGACCCGACCUGGCCGCGUACCUGCGCAACAUGCGCGCGGAGAUCGAGGCCGUGGCCGCCCGCAACGUCCAGGAGGCCGAGAAGUGGUACAAGGGCAAGUUCGACACUCUGAAGGAACAGGCCAGCAAACACGAGGGCCACAUGAAGACCAUGAAGGACGAGAUCACCACCUUCCACAACCAGGUCACGGACCUGCAGAACCAGAUCGACGGCCUGAGGGCGCGUAACGCCGCUCUGGAGCAGCAGCUGGAGGACAUGGAGGCCGCGCACCUGGACAAGGCGGCCGGUCUGGAGGACAUCAUCGCCCAGCUGGAGAGCCAGCUGUGCGAGACCAAGAUGGAAAUGGGGAAAUACAUGGCCGACUACCAGGAGCUGCUUCACAUCAAGCUGAAGCUGGACGCAGAGAUCGCCACCUACAGGAAGCUGCUGGAAGGAGAGGAGAAGCGUCUUGGGAUCUCCGUCGCCGAAGGUCUGUCUGGAGUGGCGGCAGUGACGGAGGAGAGAACCACGUCUGUGUCCCGCACUGUAGAGACUCACACGGCUGUUGCCUGAGGACUGACGGAAGCGUCCGAAGACUCAAACCCGACUAAACCUGUCCCACUAAACUAGCUGAGUUAACUGAGACUCACGAGAAGUAAAACUUUGUCUCAUGUAAAAGAACCAGUACUAAAUAAAGCUUGAGUUCAAUGCA